CACAGCUAAACCAUAUACUAUAAAUAGAGCCUUUAACUAUGUUGUCGAACCUGGUGACAAAGGCAAACCCGGGGGUGCGGCCGUUGGCUGUGCGCAGCGGUGCAUCAAUGCGGCUUUGCGCCAUCGUCGCCAGGCACCCCCUAUUCCAGCAAAAGGGACGAUCGUUGGUUGCCUUCUGCACUGCGCAUGGUAGCAAUGCCGAGGUUAAGAUUGCGAUUGCGGGCAUGAUGUGUGGCGGCUGUAGCUCGCGCAUUGAGACAGUGCUCAAGGGCAUGGAGGCCGUCAAGGACGUGAGCGUGUCCCUGGAGGGCAAGGUGGCCACCGUGCACCUAGCCCAGGCGGCAGCGGGCUCAAAGGACGCCGUGGCGGCGGCGACGGCCCUGGUGGACGCGAUCAAUGGAAUGGGCUUCGAGGCUAAGCUCAGCCAGUAAGACCCAGUUGCGGAUGCCGGCUAGUGAAACUACUCCGCCAGCCUGCGCCAGCACUCUUUUGUUGGGGGGGGGGAUAAACGGUCUGUGGUCGCAGCGCCAGCCGAAUAGGCGUGCGGCAGCCCUUGCUGUGCGGGUGGUUGACGGUGGUGUGGAAGUGAUGUGGGUUGGGCAGGGCGGGGCCAACCGGAUGGAGCUCGCGUGGCCCUUGUGCGACGGGUUCCUACGGUGAGCGAUAGUAUGGUGAGCGGGUCCAGUACGCCGGACUGCUGUGUGGAUCGGUGGACAUGGGACAUGGUGACGGCUCGGCGGUACCGUUCGUAUAUUGGAACCCUAGCUGCGCCAAGCUGUCAAAAGGCUAUCUAAAGAUCCUCUUUUGUCCUGUGCAUUACGCUGAACAAACUAUGGGACAGGAGCUUUGGACGGAAAUGAGAAUAGGAUGCGCACGUUGGUACCAUGAUCGGUCUUUUUUUACAUAUUGUAUCACCGGAAAAUUGGUAUAAAUCCAUGCUCUGGAUGCGUUAGGUUUGGUGGUCGCCUAAGGUGUGCAGAGGGGAUGGUUACUUACGAUUAUGACACUGCACGCUUGCCAAGGAUGUGAAAAGGCCUUGAUUACUAUCGUGCAAAUGUCUUUGCGUAUUGGUGCUGCAUGGUGGGAAGGAGCGCAAUAAGGCCAUGGAUGCCUAAGAUGAUGAACGAGCAGUUGGGCAUAAUUCUGCUAUAAUGUUGGUACGUGCACGUCUUAAACAAUCUGCAUUACCACAACAAGCAAGCUAAACAAUACAUUGACCUAAAGUUAUACGGCCUCAGUAUGCUCGCGUCGCGCUGACAAUCGACACACACAGUUGGUGGUCAUGUGGGCAGUUACCGCGCACGCCUGACCAGCUGCUACUAUCACUAGCAUGGCUGGUGCAGCAGCUCAGCUGCUGCCGCUGUCAGCCCUUGCGGCUUCGCCGCCUCAGGCCACCGAGCAGGACAGCUUUCCUCCCAUCAACUUCAUUUAUGGGCACUUCCACGACUCCAUCAGAGCAGAGCUGGACUUGUUGGCGGAUACGGUUCGGUCCUUGGAGGUGCCAGGCGAAGGCGUUGAAUCCAUGCUCAGCGACCUGCGCACGCGGUACAGGUUCCUUGAGCAACUUUACAAGUACCACAGCGCUUUAGAGGAUGAGGUGUUGUACCCUGCGCUGGACUUAAAGGUUCGCAAUGUGACAAAGGCAUACAGCAUAGAGCACCAAGACGAGGAGAUUUUGUUCGAGCAGCUCAGCCAACUGCUUACCGCGGCGCUGGAGGAGCCCGAAAGCAAGCGCAAGAGCACCAUCAGGGCUUUGAUCUGCAAGGUUGAGGAAAUCCACACCACUCUUCGGAAGCACUUGGCGAAGGAGGAGGAGCAGCUGCUUCCUCUGUUGCUCCAGAACUUCACGUUUGCAGAGCAAGCAGAGCUGGUUGCCCAGUUCCUGUACAGCAUCCCACUCGAAACCAUGGAGCGUGUCCUGUCCCAGCUCAAGCCGGGCAUUCCCCGGGACGAGCAGGAGCAGCUGCUGGUGGAGAUCCGCAACGUCAUUCCCGACAACCUGCUCUCGCAGCUGCUCACCACCUGGCUGCAACCCGCAGCGGACGCGCCAGCUACCGCAGCAGCGGCGGCGUCCCCAGCGGCGUUCCCCACCCACUGCGACCGGCCCCUCAGCUUUGCAUGCUGCGGCAACCCGGCAGCCUGCCUGUACGGCCCGCGGCCCGUGGCAGCCGCUGCAGCCGCGAGGCAUGCGGCAGGGCAGCAGCCCGCAGGCGGAGGAGUCCCAUGCGGCGCCCGGGGCUCCCCUCCGGACAGUCCCUUCACCACCGCUACUAACACCGGCCUCACGAUUAGCAGCAUCAGCCUCCAGCCUCACAACGACCCUGCAGCUGCCACAGCGGGAGCGACCGCUCUCCCUGGCGGCAGCUCUGCCGCCGGCGCACAUGCCACGGCUGCUGGCGCCGACGACGGUGCAACCGCAGCAGCAGCACCACCGCCCGCAGCCCCCAGCAGCCGUGCGCCGCUGCAGGACAUCAUCCACUUCCACCGCAGCAUCUGCUCCUCGCUCGCCGACUUUGCUCGCGAGGCGCGCGCGCUGCAGAUGGGCCGCGACAUCACGGUGCAGCACCUCUCCUCCCUGCUGGAGCGCCACCGCUUCCUGCGAUCGGUGUACGUGUUCCACUCGAUCAGCGAGGAGGAGGUGCUGCUGCCGGAGGUGCAGCGAUUGGCGGCGGCAGGGCGCGGAGGGCAAGGUGGUGGUGGGAGUGGGAGUGGUGCGGCGCAGCAGUGUGAGCGCGACCAUGCAGCGGAGCUGUCGGGCAUGGAGGACCUGGGGCGGCUGCUGGCGGAUGUGCGGGCGUUUGCACGGCGCGGGCGGAAGGAGGUGUCCGCCAUGCUGGAGAAGCUGUGCUGCAGCGCGGAGGCGGUUCACGCCACCAUCGAGCACCACAUGCAGCGCGAGGAGGCCAGCGUGUUCCCGCUGCUGCAGGCGCACCUGUGCCAGGCGCAGCAGCGGGCGCUGGUGUACCGCACGCUGCGAGCCAUGCCGCUGAGGCUGCUGGAGCGGGUCAUGCCCUGGGUCGUGAGUCGUCUGGACAACGCAGCUGCCGCGGCGCUGCUGACCAACAUCCGGCUGGGUGCUCCCGCCAGCGACCAGGCGCUGGUGGAGCUGCUGUCGAGGUGGGCGCGGCGGGGGCGGAGGGGCAUCUCGCCGGCACGGGGGCUGCAGGAGCCCGGCAGCGGCGGGGCGGCAGCAGCGGCAGCAGCAGCAGGUGGCGAGGGAGCGGAGGCAACGGGAUGCGGAGGGGGGUGCAGCGGUGUCGGACUAGAGCGGCAAGGCAGCGAACACCACCUCCACCUCCACCACCAGCAGCACUCACACCCGCACCACCACCAGCUCCAUUGCACCCACACCUGCCACGGUGCCAACCCCGGCGGCGAGCAACCGCCCCUGCACGCAACCACAACCGCAGCCGCAACCGCCCCACACGGCCACUACGUCGCCAGCGCAGUUGCUGAAGACGGCGCCGACAGCAAGCGCCGCCGCCUCUCGGAGCCGCAGCUCCUCGCAGCCUCCACGCACCUGCUGCCCCCGCAUCCUCACCCCGCGGUUCCGCAUGGCGGCUGCUGCUUCCUCAGCGGCAGCGGCGGCAGCGAACGUGACGAGGGUGCGGCGGCUGCUGCCGCGGCCGCAGCAGCAGCAGGGGCAGCAGCUGUUGAGGAUUUCCACAUGGGCGACGGCGCGGAGCAGGAGCUCAGUACGGCCCCGCGGGCGUUGCUGCGGAGCCAGGCCAGCGGGGGAUCUUCGGAUGAGCGGGGGCUGCACGUCUCCUCGGCAGGGUACGGUUACGGCUAUGGUCGUCUGGUGGGACACGACCGGCUGGGCCCGCGUGACGGCGUCAGUGACAGCGGCAGCGCGGACGGCGCGGGCGAUGGCUGCUGCGGGGGCGGCGGCGGCUACACCCCCAUUGACCACAUCUUCCAAUUCCAUAAGGCCCUGCGUCAGGAGCUCAAACAGAUGGAGGCGGAUGCAUUGGUCAUGGAGCAGGCGGUGCUGGCCCGGGCGCGACAGCUGCAGAGCACCAACAACAACUCACAGAGCUGCUGUCAUGGCAGCAACAAUAACAACAACAGCAUGAGCAGCGCAGGCACGCACUCACCCCAGCCCGCGUCGUUCCUUUUGCAUCCGCAGCCGCGGCUGGUAGAGCCUGCAGGUGAAGGAGGCGCGGAGUCGUUAGCGGGGGCCGCAGCGCUGCAGCAGCCGCAGCGCACGCCAACACCAGGCCUCCAGCAGCAACCCCAGCAGCAGCAACCCCCGGUGGCGGGGGUGGUGGCGGCAGCAGCUGAGUCCUGCGGCACUCCCGCCGCCUCGGCCGUGUCCGACAUGUGCGGCGGCGGGCCUCCCUCCAGCAGUCGAGUGAGCCACCUGCCCAUCGUGCAGCACCUGCAUGGGCGCUUCCAGUUCAUGCGGGGCAUCUACCGCGCGCACAGCAAGUCGGAGGACGAAAUCGUGUUCCCCGCGCUGGAGGCCAAGCAGGCGCUGCGCAACGUGAGCCACGCUUACACGCUGGACCACCGUCAGGAGGAGCAGCUGUUCGAGGACCUGGAGAAGGCCCUGGACCGGCUGCGCUCCAUCGAUCUCGCCUCCAUCGGCAGCGAAGCCGAGCUGUCCCGCCAGGUCAUGGGUGUACGGCGGGUGUGUGCUGCCGUACGCGCCUCCCUGGAGACCCACAUCCGCAGCGAGGAGGCGGAGCUGUGGCCGCUGUUCAACGAGCACUUCAGUCGGGAGGAGCAGCGCUACCUGGUUGGGGUCAUCAUCGGGCGCACGGGCGCGCAGGUGCUGCAGGCGCUGCUGCCCUGGGUGUCGGAGACGUUCAGCGAGGAGGAGAAGAACGCCAUGAUGGACUCGCUGCGUGAGGCCACCCGCAACACCAUGUUCGACCAGUGGCUGGAGGCGGUGCAGGCGGGGGGCGGCGCGGCGGGGGAGCCGGCAGCAGCAGCAGCGGGAGCAGGGGGAGCAGCAGGGGCGGGAGGGGCGGUGGAGCAUGGAGGGGAGCCGCUGCUGCAGUCGGGGGCUGCGGAAGGUGGUGUGGCGGCUGAUGGGAGCAGCGCUGCUGGAGGAGGGAUGAGGGCUCCCGCAGCAGCAGCAGGAGGCCCGGCAGCAGCAGCUUCGGCAGCAGCAGCAGCAGGGGCAGUUGCGGGCGGUGUGACGGGCGGAGCGAGGGCUGUUAGAGGGAGUGCGGGUGCGGGUGGCGGUGCGGCUUGUGUUGCGGAUGUGAGCCAGCCGUUGCAACAAGUGGUGGAGUACUUGGCAGGUGGGAGCAGCGGGGCAGGUGCUGCCGCUGCCGGUGGAGGAGGUGGAGGAGGAGGUGGAGGUGCACCCAGCAGCCCUUUUGCUGCUGCGGGGGCGCAGAACACACCCUUCGCACCCGCACCUGCAGCCGGCGGGGGUAAUGGUGGUGUUGGUGGAGGAGGGGCAGCAGUGGCGGACAGCACCUCCUUCCGCCCCGGCUGGGAGGACAUCUUCCGCAUGAACCAGCAGCAGCUGGAGGCGGCCAUUCGCAGGGUGUCCAACGACCCCUCCCUGGAGCCCGAGCGCAAGGCCUACCUGAUGCAGAACAUCAUGGUGUCCAAGUACAUCGUAGCGCAGCAGCGGCGCAUGGGGCAGGCGGAGGCGGAGCGGGAACAGCAGCAGCAGCAACCACAGCAGUCUCAGCAGCAGCAACCACAGCAGUCUCAGCAGCAGCAACAACAUCAGCAUCAUGGGGUGGUGGUGGCGGCGCCGGCAGCGACUGUGGCGCCCCCGCCCGCCGCCGGCCCCGUCCACCAGACCUUCCACGACUCCGCUGCUGGCGUGUUGGGCUGCAAGCACUACCAGCGCAAGUGCCAGCUGGUGGCGGCGUGCUGCGGGGAGAUCCACACGUGCCGGCUGUGUCACGACGAGGCGUGCGACCACCGCAUGGACCGCUACGCCGUCAGCGAGAUGCGCUGCAUGCUGUGCGGCACCCGGCAGCCGGUGGGGCCCAGCUGCCGGGGCUGCGGGGCGGGCAUGGCGCGCUACGUGUGCAACAUCUGCCACCUGUUCGACGACCAGCCGGGCAAGGACAUCUACCACUGCCCCUUCUGCAAUGUGUGCAGGCGCGGUCGCGGGCUGGGCGUCGACUUCUUCCACUGCAUGAACUGCAACGCCUGCAUGAGCCUCACCCUCUUCAGCAGCCACAAGUGCCGCGAGAAGUGCAUCGAAGGCAACUGCCCCGUCUGCCACGAGGCGCUCUUUGACAGCAGCCAACCCAUCAAGGAGCUCCCCUGCGGGCACUUCCUGCACAGCUCCUGCUUCCUGACCUACACCCGAUACAACUACACCUGCCCGCUGUGCUGCAAGUCCGUGGGCGACAUGUCGGUUUACUUCCAGAUGCUUGAUUCGCUGCUGGCAUCGGAGCGGCUGCCGCCCGAGUAUGCGGGGCGCAUGCAGCAGGUGCUGUGCAAUGAUUGCGGCAAGAUGGGCUUCGCGCCCUUCCAUUUCGUGUACCAUUCCUGCCCGCAUUGUCGUUCGUACAACACGCGG